AUGGGAGACGUUACUCGUGUUGUUAAUGCUGAUUACAACGUCGGCGCAAUGAUCGUUCAAUUUAACCCUGCAUCCCAAUUGCCCAUAAAAUUACAUGGCAGUCACAAUUUUGCAACGUGGAAGGCACAAUUCUCCAUGCUUAUGCAUGGUCAUGAUCUCUGUGGUCAUCUCGAUGGGUCUACUCCUUCCCCAUCUCGCACUAUCACAACUGGCACAGCCCCUAGUGCCAAUCCUGCGUUUGCUCUUUGGUUUCAGCAAGACCAACUUAUUCAAAACGCACUUAUGGCAUCUGUUGAUCCAACAAUUGCUACAACGGUUGCCGCUGCUAACUCAGCUAAGACAGCAUGGGAUGCCCUGCACACUGCUUAUGCAAAUAAGUCUCAAACCAGAAUUUUCAGUCUGCGUGAUCGACUGAUGCGUCUGACCAAAGACUCCCAACCAGUCACCGAGUAUUUGCAAAGUGUUCGCUCUAUUGCUAAUGAAAUCUCUAUUGUUGGUGCCCCCGUCACCAACUCUGAACUUAUAGUAAAGAUCCUUAGUGGUCUGGGUGCAGAGUUUCAUGGUAUUUCUGCUGCAAUCCGUGCUCGUGAUUCCCCUAUAACAUAUGAAGAACUGUACGAAAAGCUUCAAGACCAUGAACUUUUUCUUCGACGUGACGAUGAUACCAUAUAA